CUGUAACUGCUGAGGAGCAUAGUUGUGCCCACCCGACGUCCAGACAUCGCCAUGCGGGCUCCAUGCAUCGUGUUCUACGCCAUGAUGGCCGUCCUGGGCCUCAGCCUCCUCUCGGCUCUUUCCAUUAUUAUGGCUCCGCGCACAACGACCCGACAGGCUCGCCGACUGCUCCUGCUUGCAAGGCCUCGAGGUCAGUUAGAACUUUCAACGACCAUCAACGCUGUGACUGAGGCAACUGCGCCCUCGACCUCGGUCAGCAUGGAACAAGCCACAACUACAGUCUUUUCUGCGCGCAGCAUCGUCCCGAAGUUCCCUUCUGCGCUUCAUCUUCCAGCAAUCAUGGCGGGUCUAUUCCUCUUCUGGUUCCUGCGUGCUGUCGGUCUGCUACCGGUUCUAGCCGUCAUUACAGCGUUUCUUUUGCCCCUGCUUACUCUGUCCACGUUCUUCGUCGUGGACCCCGAGUACGCUGUAAGGCUCGAGGAUCUCGUGCCAACCGUCCGACGGUCCUUCUCCGCCCUCCUGAAGGAUCUCGGCCGGUACACCGUUGCUCGCACUGAACCAUCUUGUUCCGCACACAUUCUUUGCGAAUUCAAGCAAGUUCUCUUGGAACAGCUGCGGCUCAGGUUGGACGUUUCGGGAGUUCCGGUUGCGUAUUCCGAGGCCAUCGAGCGUCUCAUCAAUGCUUUUGGGAGCUGUCACCACGUGCGGGAACAGUGUGGCGAGGGGACGUGGUCGUCGAUGCUGCGCGGAUUACGGCAAUGACGUUUCCGCCGUGUACUUCGUGUAAGCUUGUAUCGCGCCUGGUUAAUA